UCUUGUGCAUGCAGUUGUGGUCAAAGGGAAGCAAAAGCGCGCCCCCAAGAGGAGGUCUGGUCAGGGCCGUGAACCCUGGUCAAGUGUGCUGCCCUCGGUCAACUGUCGAAGCAUUCAAGAACAGGGUCGGUCCUAUCGCUGGAGGACGUGGCUAGGAAAGGAAUUUUCGCUUGUGGCACCCCUGCUCCCGGCCAGAACCAAAAUGGCGGACUGCCCUCCCCCUUACACCAAGCUGAUUGACGAGACCUCCGAAGAAGACAUGUCGACCACCCCUGAAAAAAGUGACGGAGUGGGCCAGGCAGCGCCCCCGCCUUACCCCCCCAUGGACUACGGCUUGAACCCCGCGGGCCUUCAGCACAACCCCCAUGUCCCUCAGCCGGCCUACUCACCCAUGAUGAUGGCUCCUCCUCCUCCAGCGGCUCCUCAGCAGACGGUGGUGAUGGUGGGCUCGAACGCUCUCCCGCCCGGCGUCUGCACCGUCUGCAGGGUUGGCAAGAUCAAAGACACCGCCUCGUGCUGCACUUGGUUCUGGUGCUGCAUGCUGCUUCCGUUGGGCCUGAUCCCCGGCAUCAUCGCCUUCUGCUGCUGCUGCCGCCAUCCCAAGUGCAACCACUGCGGCUACACCAUUGACUAGUUGCUGUUGGUGCUGGGCGCCUGCCUCGCCUCCGGACUGCCUGGGGGGGGGGGGGGGUCCACGCUGGCUGCAGAACCACGUGAUCAAGAUUUAUAUACUCCAGUAAUAUUUUCUGAAAAUAAAAAGUGUCAGGCAUGUAAAGCUUGAAAA